AGCAUGAAUUGUUCGUUUAGUUGAAUGAUCUUCAAAAUUACCUCAAACGCACAUUCAGAUUCACGAAGUUUUCUAGGGAUUGAGAUGACUGAUGCGUGGGCCUGACAGGCGCCCGGGCCCGCGUGCAGUGACGGUGACACUCUGCAUCUUCACCGUCGCCCUUUCCCUCCAACCCGUCCCGCCAAAAUUGAGAGCAUUUCCUUUCCCUCGUCUUCGUCCCUUAUCCCCCGCCAAAAACCCCGCCAAAGCCCAUAAAAUUCCCCCACCCCCUCCAAAUCCCCCAUUCCCAACUCCUCGUUUCCCUCCACCAUCGCCUCCCAACCGCGCUCCAAUCCUCUUCGGCUCUUCGCCGGCGUCUACUCUCGUAUCCUCACCGCCGACCCGCCGCUAUGGCGUGCGACGGCGCGGGCCUCCCGGUAUCCGCGGCGGUCGACGCGCUCAGCCACUGCGACGGCGACAAUGCCGCCGCCGCCGACCGCGAUGGCGGCGACGUCAAGCCGGAGAAAGGUCCCACUGGUGCUGCCGCUCCGGUGCCUGCUCUGAGGGGCGAUGGCGGCGCCGCCCUCCCCCCGCGGCCGCCGCCUCCGGUGAAGGUUGAAGCCGUGGGCGAGGUCAGGGUCGAGGUCAAGACGGAGCCAAUCGAUGCCGAUCCCGACGAGGUGAAGGUGAAGAUUGAAGCUUCCGAAGAGGUUGAGGUGAAGAUGAAGGUUGAAGCUCCCGGCGAGGCCGAGGUCAAGGUGAAGAUGGAGGUUGAAGCUCCCGGCGAGGCCGAGGUCAAGGUGAAGAUGGAGGUUGAAGCUCCCAGCGAGGCCGAGGUCAAGCAGGAGGAUGAGGCCGUCGAGGUCGAUGUCAAGGGGGAGGAGCCGCGCGGUUCGCCCAUCAAAGGUCAGGUUUUGUCACCGCGCCGUGUGAAGGAGGAUGAGAGUGACUGCAGCGAAGACGAGGUGGAGAUGAUGGAACCUCCGGCGAGGUCCAAGAAGAGGCCCCACGAAGACGACGGCGUGGUCUUCAUCGACCUGACGACGUCCCACCCCGCGCCGUACCUGAACCCGAAGCCCAUCCGCGCGAUGCCGCCGCCGGGGGCCAUCCCGACGAACGAGUGGAGGAUGGUGGUCGCGCCGCCGCCGGCGGAGCUGGACGAGUACCCGCCGGACCGCCGCGAGUGGUGCUUCUUCAAGAAGUCGUACGCCACCGGGCUGUCGACGUGCCGCGGGAGGAAGCUGCUGGACGGCGGCGAGGUCGUCCACUUCGCGUUCCCGUCGCACGACAGGCUCGGCGGGAUCAGGAUGUCGUACAGGCAGGAGGCUGCUCUGAUGGAGAUCGUGCGCUUCUCGACCAACCGAUCUGGGGAGAUUGGGAAGCUGUCUCCAGUGUGGGCAAAGUGCCUUGCCCCGCUGGUGAAUUCUUCCACGAUCAUGGUCCAGGGGAAGAUUGUGUUUCCGAUGAUGGAGCUGAGGCUGAUGCAGGAAGUUUUGCUGUAUGUCAGCUUCUAUGUCCACCGCUCAUCCAUGGGCCUGAUUGCUCCUCAAAACGCUCACCAUCCAGACAAUCCUCUUCGUGGCCUGUUCAAGUUGCUCCGGAGAUUCGGCGUACCUGAAGUCUGAAGCCCCUGUGCCCCAGUCGACAUCGAUGGCUGCGCUUGCGAAGGAAGGGCAAGUUUGCCAUAAGUUUUAGGAACUCGCUAGGAAUAGUCGAAUAGAGUAGUGCAUCGGUUCACCGUGCUGGCUAAUUUUGCUCUAAUCUUGCUGCACGGCAUCCUUGUAUCUAUGCCACCCCAAGUAAACUCUGAUUUCUACUCCUAGCUCUGCUAGGCCAAUGGUGUCGUCCUGUGUUGAAAUGUUGAGCUUGAGCGAUGGUGUCGAGUUCAGUGUUUCCAAGCAUCAUGCACUUGACUGGCUUAUUCUGAACAUGGAACAACGAUGUGACGAUCAGUCCUGAAAACAA